AUGGACCCUCUUUGUGGUAUUGAUGGCUCUCGUCCGUCUCCUCCUCGGUCUAGGAAGAUGGCUAGACGGGAUAGCAGCAUCAGCCUUGAAGAAGGCCCUGUCCCUGUAGAGAGACACUCUCCUCAGACUCAUCACUCUAAGGACAAGGGCGUCUUCGAUUCUGCCAAGCCACCUCUUCUACUCUUUCGUCCUCACGAGCUCCACACUCCCACCACGAUCCGUGAGGCGAGCCCGGAGGAUGGCUGUCCGCUGCUCCCUUCAGAGCCAAGUCUUCCAUCCUCGCCUACAGUUACGGCGCCGAUGGAUGUAUUUCUUGGAUAUGAGGAUAGCCAUGAGAAGAUGAGAGUUGGUGGUGUCGCUCCGGUCAAGGCGGCUGCUCAGGUUGAGCAGCUGAGGUCGGAGCCUGCUGCCUCAUCUCUUGGGACAUCCAGUUGGCAACAUCCCAGUGAUGAUGAUGUUGACCCACCCUUGAGUGAUGAGGCCAGGCCCGGUGGUCAUGACAAGAUGCCUCGUACUCCAGUCCUGCAGCCCGUGGCUGGCCGAGCAAUGACUGAGUCGUCCUAUGUCAUGGUGGACACCAUGAUCCCAUGCGGGCCCAUUGAACCGGAUGAUCCAUCAAUGAUUGAUGCAAAUAUCGCGGGAAUGUCUCCAUUCAAGGCUCUUGAGCACCUAGAAGCAUCCAACGGCAUAGAUGGCAGUGGCACUCGACGCCGGUUUAGGCGUGGCAGGCGACAUGAUCUGGUGCCAGCGCGGGUCCGUGGAAGGACCAGAGUGAGAAAGUUGAAGAAGGAUGUUCAGGAGAAGAGGGAGAAGAAGCCCUGA